AUGAGAAAACGUAAGCAGCAAGUUUACAACGAUAACCUUAUCGUAUCCAGAUCCAAUAAACGAUCUUCAACAUCUGGAAAGGAAACGUGCUACUUUGAUCCGAUUCCCGUUGAUCUCGUCAUCAAUAUCUUGUCGAGAUUGUCUCUGGAGUGUAUAGCAAGGUGUCGUUGUGUAUCGAAACUGUGGUCGUCCAUAAUUCGCCGUCCAAAUUACAACCAGUUGUUCCCGGUCAAGUCUUCGGCUACACCGCGUCUUCUUUUCGUCUUCAAAGUUGCACGAGAGUUGUUUUUCAACUCUUCACCUCAGCAUUUCAAUCCGAAUAACUCGUCUCUUGUCGCCACUUCUCUUCAGAAGACUUCUAGCACAAGAUUCUCUCAAUUAUGUCGUCCUGUCCAUGGACUGAUAUGUAGUCAGCAUAUCGAAGAGAAUUAUUUAUUUGCCUUGAUUUCUAAUCCCACGACAGGAGAGUAUAUAGCCUUACCCAAACAGAGAAUGGAGGAGAUGAAUUCAGAGACGAUAAUUGAAAAAGUAAGAUAUUCUUUUGGGUAUGAUCCGAUUGACAAACAAUUCAAGGUAUUGCGUAUCACAUGGUUGCAUAGAGGCUCACACGAGUGGUCUAGUGAGUAUCAAGUUCUGACAUUAGGGUUUGGAAAUAUUUCAUGGAGAAAUACUCAAUGUUGCGUAGUUCAUUAUCUACUUGAAGAUAGUGGUAUAUGCAUCAAUGGUGUUUUGUAUUAUCCAGCUAGGCUCGAUAACAGAAAAUAUACCAUUGUUUGCUUUGAUGUUAUGACUGAAAAAUUCAGUUUUACUAGUAUUGAUAAAGACAUGACAAUAAUGACCAAUCUCAGUUUUAGUCUCAUCGACUACAAGGGUAAGUUAGGUGCUUGUAUUUGUGAUCACACUCUUUUUGAGUUGUGGGUUUUAGAGAACGCGGAGGAACAUAAAUGGUCAAAGAAUAUCUACAACAUGCCCUAUUCACGAUCACGGCUGGAGGAAACGAGCUACUUAAAAUGUGCUGGAAUGAUUGCAAGUGGUGAAAUUUUGUUGUACCCAAUCUCUAGUGCUAACACAAGUACUGAUGCAAGGUAUCCUUUCAUCUACUACUACAAUCUCGAGAGGAACAUUAUUACAAGAGUAACACUUCAAGUACCAAUACUUAAACAGUUUACUUAUGCUAGAUUAUUUUACACAUUUUCAAAUUUUUUAGAGAAUGUGACGCUUAUCUAA